AUGUCGAAAUUGCUAUCGAUAUUACUACCACUGGGUCUAGCAAUAGCAAUGAUCUUAGGCCUGGUAGUUUGGUCAGUACGAGGUUCAAGUUGUUCAGCUUUAAAUGAAUGCGAUAGCUAUAUCCCAGUGUGCGCGGCCUACCGCAGCGAGCAUCAGUUCUUUUAUAGUCAAUGCGAUAUGGUACGAGAAAAUUGCAUGACUGGCAAAAUUUGGGAACGUGAUCAUUUUUCGCAUUGUAAUGUAAAUACAUAA